AUGAUUGAUAACUUAACAAUAAUUUCUAUAACUAGGGAACGGGAUCCGUUCAAAGUCCGAAGUAUGCAGUAUUCUACUGGCUCUUUUGAACAAGAACAAAAUAAAGCUUUUUCUCAAUUUUCUUAUCAAAAUUUCGCUGCUCCUAAUUAUUCAUAUAAUGAUUAUAACCAAUUUUUGAGAGGUACUUCUACAGUCGAUUAUAUUGACAUUAAAAAAGAAUCUGCCAAUUUACAAAGCAUAGACUUAACUCAAGAAAAAGAAAAGUUUGAUUUUUCUAAAGAGGAAUUAGAAAAAGUUACAAAGAUUUCUAACAAAAAAAAAGUUGCUAUUAAAUGA